CACUGUUGCUGAUUUUCUUUGUGGCUACUGCCUCUGCCCACAGGAAUCACAAUCGAUCGGCUUCCCAUCACGAUGGUCCCCAGAACGUAAUUGUGAACGGGUAUCCCGCAUACGAAGGUAAGGCUCCCUAUGCCGUGGGUCUGGCGAUGAACAACGGAGCCGUGGGAGGAGGCACCAUAAUUGGCAACACCUGGGUCCUAACUGCCGCCCAUUGCCUGACCACCGAGUCCGUGACCAACUACGGUUCCAAUCGAGCGUGGAACGGUCAAAUCAAGCACACCGUGAACAAGGACAACUUCUUCCGGCAUCCUGGAUUCGGAAACAGCGCUGGUCACGACAUCGGAUUGAUUCGCACUCCCUACGUGGGCUUCACCAACCUGAUCAACAAGGUGGCCCUGCCCAAGUUCAGUCAGCAGGCUGAGCGAUUCGAGAACUGGUGGUGCGUGGCCUGCGGCUGGGGAGGAAUGGCCAAUGGCAAGUUGGCCGAUUGGCUGCAGUGCAUGGACGUGCAGGUCAUCAGCAACAGCGAGUGUUCCAGGUCGUAUGGAAAUGUGGCUGCCACGGACAUGUGCACCCGUGCCACCGAUGGAAAGUCCGUGUGCGGUGGCGACUCUGGCGGAGCAUUGGUCACCCAUGACAAUCCCAUCCAGGUGGGUGUCAUCACUUUUGCCUCCGGCGGAUGCAAGAGCGGACCAUCUGGCUACACCCGUGUCUCCGAUCAUCUGGAAUGGAUCAAGGAAAAGUCGGGAAUCGCCUACUACUAACUUGGAAAUGCACCAUGGCUUUAUCGAAAUGAAAUAUUUGUUUAUCCGAUGAAUUUUACCGAUUCUUUUGUUGUAUAAUGUACAACCCUGUAUAAAAAUAUAUACCCACUAUGAGCUGCAAAACAAUGUUAUUAUUUAAAUUUUUUAAUUCAAGAAACCUUUUCCUUUUAAUGCUUUAUCAAUUGCACUUACUGAUUAAGAAUUUUAAUUAUAGAAAUGAUUAUUUUAAACACUUGGUAACUUAGCUUUCUUCUAUCACAGAUACGAACUUUUAAUUAAAAAUUUUACCAUAAGA